CUUCGUAACCGGACAACCAAUCACAUGCUGUCAUCAUGCUGACCAUCAACUGGAUGUCUUCUUAUAUCUUUCGUUGUAUCUACUACUCACAAGCACUUAAUCAACAUCCAGGAGCAGGCUUGGACCAGGAGCUUCGUGAUUAAUUUACCGCACAUCAUAUUUUCCCCAUUUGGUUGCCAUGAUGGAACAGAAUGGAACAGUCAUGCUGAGUCUUGGUGGCUAUGUAGAGGUUGAAAAAUACGGAUAUGUGUACUUUCUGUUUUUGUUGCCACUAUUUGUUGUUAUUCUCUGUUCUAACAGCAUUAUAAUUUUUCUUGUCUGGAUUCACAGGAACCUUCAUGAGCCCAUGUACAUUUUCAUUGCAGCUUUAUCCUUAAACUCGAUUUUGCUCUCUACACCUAUCUACCCUAAGAUUUUAGUGGAUGUGUUGUCUCAUGAGCAGAGCAUUUCUUACUCUGGCUGUAUGACCCUGACAUUUCUUUUUUACAGUAUAAUAUCUUCUGAUUUUCUCUUGUUGUUAGCCAUGGCCUAUGACAGGUAUGUGUCAAUCUGCAGGCCUCUACAAUAUUCCUCUCUCAUUGGCACAACCACUGUCAUCAUUUUCUUGGCUUUUGCCUGGUUAAUGCCUGCAUUUCAGUUGUCUGUGACGAUAGUUCUGCAGUCCAAACAAAAAAUCUGUCACACCACUUUGGAGGGAUUUUAUUGCAAUGUUAAAAUGCUUAAGAUUCACUGUACAGCACCAAUUUAUGUGAUGGUGUGGUCUUUUUUUAAUUUAACAAGCCUUACUUUCAUGCCUAUGCUGUUGAUCCUCGUCACGUACAUUAAGAUAUUCAUAACCAUCCAUAAUAGCCAUGGAGAAGUCCGAAAAAAAGCCCUAGAUACGUGUUUACCUCACGUGACUGUUUUAAUCAUAAACUUCAGUUUGCUGUCCAUUGACACAACUAUCGCGUUUCUGGGGGCAGUGCUUCCAAAAAGGGUUUCACUAAUUAUAAAUUUGCAAGUGCUUGUGUACAAUCCUCUUUGUAAUCCAAUCAUGUAUGGUUUGAAGAUGAAAGAAAUCCGGAAGCACAUCAAGAGAAUGUUGUUGUUUUGGAAGGAUGAGUAAUUAGGUAGAAAGAAAAUAUUUUCAAUUUGUGCAUUUGUAAAUAUGCCUGAAAACAUGUAUCUGUGCUGGUGUUUGCUUUUUCUGUGCAUUUAAACCUGUGUGCCUUUGUGUUUUUGUGUGUCUUGUGCCAGUUUAACUAUGCUAUUUUCAAAUAAUUUUAUGAAAACAAUGAAUUUGCGUGAUUUGUUUGUAUGGAAUCUGGGUAGCAUUAAAUCAUUAAUCAUCUAUGUUAUUAAUUUUCUUAUGUUAUAUAAUACGAUGUGCACAAUAUAAUACAUAGUAUAUAAUGCACAAUGUUACCCUCCUCCCUGUUUCACCCGGUCUCAGAAUUGGUACCAAGUACAUUUUUAUGAAUGAUUUGCUGUAAUUGUUUCGGGAUACUGCAUGAAAAGAAAAAUAUGAAGCCCUAAAUAAUUGUUUGGAGAAUUAUGUGGGUAAGGUCAGAUACUGUACAUAAGAUCCACUGACAUACAGCAUUUGAGUCAACAGUAGUGCACUAGCUCAUAAAACGAAGGUGCUGUUGUCACCCUGUCUAGAUCCAGUGACAAUGCAAGAUGAGGGUGUGCCAUCUUAAAAGGGGAAGCCAGCGAACAUUGUCAUUGAUUGCAAAGGUUUCACGCCCACACCAGUGCAAAACCCCUAUCAAAUAAAAAAAAUUAAAAAAUAAAGACCCACAUAAUAAAGCACAUGACAUAUACACAACUCAACAACCAAAACACAGUAUUUGUUAAGCAUGAUACAUUUAUUAACGCUAUCAAACCAUUGAAAGGUGCAUAAUAAUAAAAUAUGUGCACGAGAAUAUUAAUUUAACAUCACAAACAUUAAUAAAAUAUUGUAGAAAUAAUAAAGAAAGCGUGGAAGAUUCUACUUGUGACUAGUUGUCUCAAAUGUGUUGACCACUAGAGGGGUUCCUGUUAGAGACCACAGGAGAAAAACUUUUGGGGCU